UACAAAAAUCUUCAGCAAGUUGAAGUUGGUAGUCUCAAAUCACCUCAUAUGACGUCCUUGCUCAAACGAAAGAAGAAGAAGAAGACGUAAAUUGAUAGUCCUGUCAAUGUACUUUAUUUGGGUAAGCAGGCGUCACCCUUGACCUUUAACCUCUCGCCGAGUUUCCCAGCCUGACCUGGCCAGGCGAGGUGGACAGCUGAGGGACAAGAAAGUGAAAGUAACAUCGCCAUGGGUGUAGGACCAGCAGUUGUUGCUGUGUUGGCAGUGCUGCUGACACCUGUCCUGUACCUGCUGAUUUCGUUCCUGAGAGUGGUGGCCUGGUCACGGAGAACAGGGAAGGUGUUAGAACAGUUCCCUGGACCCACAAAACACUGGCUGUACGGAAACCUGCAUCAGUACAACCUACCUGAGGAGGAGGGGCUGUUACAAGCCUUGGAGUUUGCUGAAAAGUAUGGCAAGGUGUUCCGCCUGUGGUGGGGCCCGGUUAGACCAUGUCUGACAGUCGUACAUCCUGACACAGCUAAACAGAUACUGAGAAAGUCAGGAGAUGGACUUAUACUGUCUAAGGGCGCUCAGUGGUCACGUGACCGACGACUGCUGACUCCAGCCUUCCACUUUGAGGUGUUGAAGCCAUACGUCGCUGUGUAUAAUGAGGGGGCGGAUAUUUUACUGAAAAAACUGGAUACUUGCUCCAAGUCGGGAGAAAGUUUUGAGACGUUCAGUGCUCUGAGUUUGUGUACGCUGGACAUCAUCCUCAGAUGUGCUUUCUCUUACCAAGACGACAUUCAGACAAAAGGAGCCAGCCAUCCCUAUGUGGCAGCCAUUAAGGACCUGAUGCGCAUCAUAUUCUACAGAGCUGUGAGACCUCACCUGUACCCAGACUUUAUCUUCUACCUGACUAAGGAGGGAAGGGACUUUAAGAAGCUCUGUGCAUAUGUGCAUCAGCUGGCAGAUGACAUCAUCGCAAAGAGAAGACAAACUUUGGAAGAUUCUAAAGAAGCAGGGAAGGAAGAAAUCACCGAAUCCAGAAGAAAACUGGAUUUCCUAGACAUCCUUCUGCAUGCCCAAGACGAAGAUGGAAACACCUUAAGCGAUGUGGAAAUAAGAAAUCAAGCCAACACCUUUAUGUUUGCAGGCCAUGACACGACAGCCAGCACCACGUCCUGGGUCCUAUACUCCUUAGCUACCCACCCCGAACAUCAGGAGAGGGUGUAUCAGGAAGUAAAGGGCAUUCUGGGAGGAAGAGAACCUGCUCACCUGGAAUGGGAGGACUUGUCCAAUCUGAAGUAUUUGACCCUGUGCAUUAAAGAAGCCAUGAGACUGCACUGCCCUGUACCCAUCAUCGGGAGACAGAUCUCUGCACCGAUAGAAGUGGAGGGAAAGGUGCUUGAAGUAGGGACAAUCACAGAUGUCAACAUAUGGAACAUUCACCAUAACCCUACUGUGUGGGGGGAUGACCAUAUGGAGUAUGAUCCAAGCCGGUUCUUACCAGAAAACAUGAAGGAUAAAGACCCAUAUGCCUUCAUCCCAUUUUCUGCUGGUCCAAGAAACUGCAUCGGGCAGAACUUUGCUAUGAAUGAAGAGAAAGUCUUGAUCUCCAGAAUCAUCCACAAGUUCAAGUUGGAGGUCGUUCCUGACCACCCGGUAGAGAAGGUCGCAGAAAUCGUCAUGAAGGCCAAGGAUGGAAUCCUGCUCAAGGUCAUCCCAAGGACAUAAUGGUGGACAGAGGGAACACUGCAUGGUGGUCAAGAGCUGCUACCAUAUAACUAUCUCACAUGCCACUAUUAUUGCACAAACUCACAAUGGUUCAAAAGCGCUGCCUAGCAGUUAAAAAUAUUAUUGCAUCUGAAUCUGAUCUUCAAAUACCAUCAUUGCCAUACAUAGGUUUGGUAGCCUGUAUUUGUCUAAGUGAUAACUAAUUCAUCAUCAGAAAAUGUUAUGUUGAAUUGAUAAUGUGAUGUGAUUGUUAAGGAAUCUGAAUUUGUCUUAAUGGCGUCUUUAACGUUAUAGCUUUUUAGAUCAUUCACACAUUAUUAAGCGGAUUAUGGAUAAUGCUUCUCAUUAUGUGAGAACAACGUAUAGUCAGACGCAUAUCUGCCAAGUUGUUUCAAUAAAGAUAGAAUUGGAUUUGAUUAUCAUAAUGCAUGCCUUUACAAAGGAACAAAGAGAACUGUCUACUUCAAUACCAUAUGACCAAUUUUUUCAUCACCAAGGAAAGCACCUGCUAUACUUUUUACACAUCUUUGGUUGAAAGAUCAGCAGAAUCUUCACACUGAAGACACAUCUUUUUAAAGAGAAUU